AUGACUAUUGCUGCAUAUGCGUAUGAAACAAAUGAAGCAAGAAGAGCACAUGAACUAGUAAACGAAAACUCAACUUUAACAGUGGAAGGUAACAAUUUAGUCAUUGACGAUGGAAAAACUAAAAAAGUCAUUGAUUUCGAUACUUUUAACACUUAUGACCCAUUCAUUACAACAAGCAAGGUUCCUAUCAUAAAUGAUGGAACGGUGCAAUAUAUAAAUUCUACAAUAGAUGCCUCAUUAGUGAAAGUAUUAAAUGUUCUCAUUGAAUUGUUAAAGAGCUUUCGAUUUGACGACAACAUUAAAUGCCUAAAGAAUUUAGUCAUGAAUGAGAAACAAAUUCUCGGCGUUGCUGGUAGCAGUAAUGAUGUACACCUUAUGACAUUAGAAUAUUAUAACGAACAUAAAGAUGAACUGAAAGGAGAGAAGGGUGACACCGGACCUCAAGGACCACAAGGAAUACAAGGAAUACAAGGAAUACAAGGACCUCAAGGCGAAAACGGUUUGGAUGGUGAAGAUGGAAAGGAUGGAAAAACUGCUAAAUCAUGGAUAUGGAACCUUAUAAAUACUGGUUUAACAGCUGCUUCAUAUGGAGUUCUUCAAUACCAAAUCGGAAAGAUAUGGGCAGUACUUGGUGAAGAAGUUUUAGAUGACGUUAAAAAUGCUUUGAACUUCAUUUCAAAUGGUUCUGAUACUAUUAAAACUUUAUCUGGUUGGAUGCAAGAAACAAGGAGUCAAAUAGAUACUGUAAGACGUAUAGCAAACAAUGCACGUACGGGAUUGGAUACUUUACGAGAAGCACAAAAUACACUAAAGGAAGCAAAUGAUAUUCUUGGCUCGUAA